CAAGAUUGUGUUUAUUGAUCAAUUCUACGCUGCGUCAGGGCGCCCCCGCUCAUUUCUCACGCAGUUGGCGAAACAUUUGCGCAGCUUUGGGGAACGGGAAACGAAAGAACUUCCGUUUCGCACAUAUGCGCCUCCAGGUCCUUGAAGUAUACCCUCCCCUCCAUCCCCACGGACGCACAGCUUCAGCCGAAUCCCCGUGCUCUUCGUUCGCGCUUUCUCGGCUCUUCGGGGGAAGAGAGAGAGUUCGCCGCGGCAUGCGGUGGUGGCAAGACGAAGUGAUGUGCGUUGUGUUGUGAUGUGACGCUCCACAAAUAUACUGUAGUGAUGGUGAAGUGGUUCGUGUAUUGGCUGUGAUAUGUCGUUCUAUAGUUUUAAUACAGAGAGGUGUCCUAUAAUUAAAUCUGCCAUGGCAUCUCCACACUACAGUUUGAGAUGGAAUAACCAUCAGAACCACAUCCUCAACGCAUUUGACACACUGCUGCAAAAUGAAACCCUUGUGGAUGUCACCCUCGUGUGUGAAGAGACAAGUGUUCGAGCACAUAAAGUAGUUCUGUCGGCUUGUAGUCCGUACUUCCAAAGGAUAUUCUCAGAGAAUCCUUGUAAGCAUCCUGUCAUUGUGCUGAAGGACUUGCGGGGAUGGGAAGUCCAAGCAAUUGUAGACUUCAUGUAUAAGGGUGAAAUAAGUGUCAUCCAAGAACAAUUAACAUCGCUUAUAAAAGCUGCUGAGUCAUUGCAGGUGCGUGGUCUGGCUCACACAGAGCAUGCUGUUUCGGAAAAGGAUCAGCCACAUACCUCACCACCACCACCACCUCCACCACCUCCAUCGGCUACACUUACUCCACUGGAGAAGCUGGGACUAUUUGCGUCAGCACCACCACGUAAUUUCUCAAGUUCCACAGGUCAUUCAACAGAGAAAGACUCAUUUUCUCUGUCACCAGGACUGCAGGGUCCACCUCAGCACUUUGAGUCACCACUGAAACUCCCUCAGUUAUCUCACAUGCCACAUAUAUCAUUUACUGAAAAUCCACCUUCACCUCAGCCAAGAAGGAAACAGGCUCGGCCUCGAAGACGAUCUGGAGACUUUGGUGCUCAAGAUUUGACUAAAGGUACAACAGCAUCACCACCAUUAGAAACUGCAGAGAAUUUGUCAAUGAAAAAACCUGUGAACCACAUGCUUAGUAACAAUGUUAGUGCAUCGGCUCUUCCAGUCCAACAUGGUGCAUCUAUUCCUUCACCGCAUCAAGUGCAUCCACCUCCUCUAAAACUGGAAAGUGAGGAGACUCAAAACCUUGAAUGCAGCCGUUUAGAGAUACACACUCCGGAGAGAGAUCGUGAAAGAGAGAGAGAAAGAGACAGGGAAAGGGAUCGGGAUAGACUUGACUUCUGUAACAGCACUGAAUCUGUUAAUCUUCCACCACCACCACCACCGCCAGAUGCAUCACUAGAUAAUUCUAGUUUCCCACCACUCUCAUCUGUUUCUGCACUGUCCUUAACUCCACCACACAUGUUUUCUCUUGAUUCUCAACUUGGUUUCUUUCCUGGGAUUGAAAGUUGCCGGACACCUCUGUUGAAUGAUAUUCCAGAACAGAGGACGGAAAACCACCAUAUAAUGGGCAAAAGGAAGAGCAAAUACCUGUUGGGCCGACCAAAAGGGCAGCACAGUGCUCCUAGAGGUGGACCACCACGCUCUUGGACUAAUGCUGAAUUAACUGAAGCACUGCAACAUGUAUGGAACAAGAAAAUGACAACCUCUCAAGCUUCCAGAAUUUUUGGAAUUCCUUAUAACAGUUUGCUGAUGUAUGUUCGUGGAAAAUAUGGAAAAUCGUUGAAACUGGAACAACUCAAGAAAGAUUGCCUUGGUGGGCCAACUGGUCCCUUGGAACUCUUAGGACUUGGACCUAUGGGACCAAGCCAUGGAAAUAACAACAACAAUAAUAAUAACAACAAUAAUGCUUCUGGUAAGUCCAACAACCCAGAAGACAUGUUGGGACCUCCAGUCUCAGAGCAUGACUUGGUUUCAAUAGGACCAAGUUUUAACCCAUACACAGCUGCAAAUUUCUACCCUGAUUUUGCAGCAUCAUUUCCUGUACCUGUCAGCAUGAUACAUCUCCUCCCUCAGUCAGAAAAGAACCGUGAAUUGUUUGGCCCAUCAAUGCCCCUUCCCUUGGACAUCACAGCUGCAAAUAGGGAGGAUGACUGCAAAAGUGGUAGUGGACGCAAAUCAAGAGAGAACAAUAAUAGUAACGUUGAUGAAGAACAUGAAGUGAUGCAACAACCACCACCGCCAAGAGAGGACACUGCACAACUUGUGGAACAGAAUGGUCAAAACUAAGAAUCUUAGGUAGUGACUGAGUGCUCCCAUGACCAUUUUACUGUUUUUCGUAGGGCAGUCAUUUCAAGAUAUGUUUCCUGGAUGUGAAACUGAGACCAUCACAUUUUUGUACAGAAUGCUGUCUUGAAAUUACUGUAGCUGUUGAAGUACAUUUUCUGCUUAAAUGGAAUUAAUCUAUGAGCCUACCUCACAACCUGGAGGUCUCUGCAUUUGACUGAAAUCCAGCUUAUUCACAGCCACAAUAAACUUGGGUGCUGAAAAGAAAUGGUGUGCAUAAGAGGUGCAGAAAUAUUGUGAUGGGUUUGGUGCAACAUGAAACACUUUGAUAGAUUUUUGUCUUUCUCUUGUGCUUUCUAUAUAUAUGUUAGGAAGUACACACAAUCAGACAAAAAGAUAGAAAAUGUGUCAACAUGAAAUUGUCAUGUUCCAUGGUUGAUUGUUUACUUUACAAGACUGACUUCAAAUGCCAAUGUUCCAAGUAACUUAUAUUUAAUUAUAAUUAAUACAUCCUAAUUAAGUUAAUUCAUAAUAACAGAAACAACAGUUCCUGCAGAGAUUUAUACCAAAUAUUUGAUAAUUUUAAGUUUGAAGACAAAUAUGAAAUGCUUUUAUAGUCUAUAUUAAUACUUCAGUAAAUACAUAGUAGAGGUAACAUCCUUUUUAUAUUAGUUUUUUUGUGGUGAGAUAAGUGAAAAAGCUUGUUAAGAAAUGUUGGACAGCAUAUGGAAGUGCUAAUAUAUUGCUUGGGAUGAUUAACAGAAUCUUUCCUCCAUAAUUAUGGAUAAUACAGAUUUUCAAGUGAAACGGAAGCGUUAUUACUGUUGUGAUAAAUGUUAUAAAAGCAUUUGAAACAUUGCUUUAACUGUAAAACUGUUGUUUGUUAUCAGCAAGGUAUCAAGAAAAUGUGGUUACUUGACAUGUGCUAAAAAGUUUAUCUGUAAAUGUCAUGAGCUUGUGGUAUAUGAACAAGCUUCCAUAGGCAAUUGUGAAGGCUUAUGUGAAUAUUUUGGAUGGAAUGACACUACCCACAAAUGCAAUUCUUAUAGACAUUUUAGAAAAUAGGAAAACACAUCUGAAAAUGACUAUUGCUUAUAUGCACACAUACACAAAACACAUUAUUUUAGGUACCAUGAUUCAUAGAGUAAUUUUCUUUUAUGUCCAGGUUUUGCUAAAAAAAUAUGAUAGAUUGUAAUAGCAUUAGUGUUAGAGUAUUUUUUGAUGACUAAAAGAUGUAAGUACCAUUUAAAAUUGACCAUGCUGGAAAUCUGCUUUCUGAUAUCUGUCUCCUGCCCACAGAGAGAAAAAAAAAUCAACAUUCACACUUUUUUGAAAAAGUUUAAUGUAAAGACAAGGUAUUUGGUGAAUAAAUGUGUUGAAUGCUGUAUGAUAAGUUUUAAAAGUACAAUAUUGAUAAGGAACUAACUCUUUUAGCUAAUUAUGUGGACAUAUCUGCUUUUCACAACACUGUUGUCACUGAAGGUACUAUUUUGUCAUAGAGUGAUGCAUGAUGCACACAAAUCUGUGACAGCACAAGGACUUUAUUAGUUUUCAAGCUGCUGCCUUUUUUUCUAAUGUAAGUGAAUACCCUUACACACCCAUCCACACAGACACUCAAGUACAUCUACUGAAAUGCUGCAUUGUUCAGAAUUAAGAUGAUUUUUCAUUAUCAGUCCUCUUCUAAUUUCUUCAACCUGAGCUCCUCUUUUACUCUACUAGUAUUUUUGUUAUAGCAUGAAAUGAUCCAUAUUGUCAUAUUGAAGUGCGCUAGCCACAGAAAAGCUGUGCAGAAAGCAAAGCUUGCAUUCUGUUCAAUGGAUUAUGGUACACUGUAAUGUGAAUUCCCUAUUCCAAUACCAUUUGAUUUUCCAGCACAACAUUUAGGCAUUUUGAAAUCUGUCACUAUGAACUGAUAUAAAACAGUAAAAUGUUUUAAGGUUUAUGUGGUUGUGAAGGUGAAAAAGAUUCUCUAUAAUAACUGUUUCAUACCACUAUUAAAAAUUUGAAGAUGCUGGCUGAUAAAUAGAAAUAGGUUAUGUGUUCUGUUCUAUUGUAUAGCUUAAAAAUUAAUAAGGGCUUAACAUAAACCUCAUUUCAUAUAUAAACUGCAUUACUUUCAUUUUAUCUACAGUCACAGUAUGUAUGCAGGAAAAUGAAAAAUGGUAUUUAACUUAUGUCUCUUGACACUUCAGUGGCAGCAGUGAAGUGUGAGAUUUUGGAUUUCAUUGUAUGUGAAAAAUGCAGAGAGUAUGAGGCUCUACUUAAAAAAAGAAAAAAAAAGAAUCAGCUUAUUGACAUGUAUUAAAAUGCAGCAUUUCUCCAUUUUUCAGCCAAAUUCUUUGUCAUUUACAGUAAAAUAUGUUUCACACAUGUGUGUGGUUGUAAAGUAAGGGCAUAAACAGAGGCCAAAUUAUUUCAAGUGCUAUAUAGUCUCAGGAAUAUUUUAAUAAAGAUUUCUGAGGACAUAAUAGGUUUAUCCAAGAUUUUCACGUUUGUUUCACAGCUAUUGUGGUUCAAGAAGUAAUUGAAAAUUUAGAUUCAAAUAUUCUUUGUUACAAAAAACAAACAUUUAAAUGCUAAACUAUUUUGUUUGGAAAAUAUUCUUUUUACUAUGGAACAAUUUUCAAGCAUUUCAAACUGACGUUUUGGUCGAGUAUAUAUAACUGACCACUAAAUAAUAAAUUGUCUCUUUCCAAGAAUCUUAUAUGACAUGUAUUAUGUUGCCUAAUUUACAUCGGCCUCUGUUGAACCCUUUUGUAUAUAGAUUUGAGAGAACAAAUUGUACAAAUUACUGUAUGUAGUCUGUUGAAUGUUUUGAAUCUUAAAAUUCUUUCACUACAAUCAGGUUUAAUUUAUGAAAAAAAAGAACUAGAACUGAUGAAAUUUGGAUCAAGAAUCACAAUAAGAAUUUACAUAUGCUAAAUUUUUAAGGGAGAUAAAAUGAUUGGCAUUAAAUUAUGUUGGCAUUAUAGUGACUGAUUUGAAUACUUCAUUGUCCACAGAACAUAUUUUAUACCAUAUAGACUAUUCUUUCAGGAGACAGUUAUGUUUUGUGACAGUUUUCACAGUAAAUGCAAUGGACAUGUUAUUGCAGAGUAAGAAGAAUGGCUGAAAAUGUCAUAGAGGAUUUCCCUUAUUUUCUUUUCCAUUGAUGUAAUCAUUUGAAGGCAAAUUGAAUGAUCCUUUGAUUUUCAGUAUCACUUCUCAUAACUAUUACAAAAGUUAUGUAAAACUUCCCAAAAUUGUGUGUUGCCACCUUUCUGAACUACAAUUUGGGGGUCUUGUUUUUUAGAAAGUUGAAUAUGUCAGUUAAUAUGUGAGGAUGUAUUCUUCACUAUCACAAGAAAAAAGUAUGAAUGGUUGCUGAUAAAAUUGAGUAAAUUAACCAGUGUAAAAUGGAAACAUUAAUUUUAUUCUGUUAGGAGCUUUAAAAUGUAUGCUGACAUAAGAUGCAUCAAUGUACUGCAGUUUUUCCGUCUGCAGACACAAGCAGUAUUCAUGAUGCCAACAAAAUUGCAAAAUAGAAGGAACAUUGCAUAUACUGUGAUAUAAUUCAUUUAUCAGUUAAAUUAAUUUUUUCUCACACAAAAUUUUAAUCAUGGUACAGAGUAAAUACUGAAUUUUAAUGUGGAUAUUUUUGACAAUUAAAACAGUUUCAAAUGUGGGAUGCUUUAACAUUUUAUAUGAGGUAUAGAUUUUUCACAUGAACAGACAUUAAUCUGCAUCUAGAAGUGUUUUCAUGGAUAACAUAUUUUAAUUACUUACUUCCCAAAACAAUUGCAGGGUAAUGUUCCAUUGAGAAGGAACAGCUUUUCAUACACGUACAUUGUGUGUGCAUAUGUAUGUAUAUAAAUACAUGACACAUCAAGUAAUGUUAGUUGACUGUUCUAGGAACUUUACACAUGACAUUACUUCAGGCUUCCAGAUUAAGGGCAUGCAAUUUUAGAAACAGUGAUUAUAUUAAUAAUGAUGUGUUUUUACUGUUUAAAAGUGUGGUUCAAGUUUUCACAUUAAUUUACAUGUGAUUUGUCAAACCGAGUAUUCUGAACUUUUUUUCCCAUUAAGCACUACAGGCUGUUUUCUCCACUAUUCUGUUUUGUUGUAAUUGCAUACAAGUUACUGUGAAACAGGGCAGUAAUUCACUAUUGAUGUAGACAUUUUCCCUGUCAUAGUCGUUACAUAAUUUAUUAGUGCUGAAAUUUACUGAGUUUUAAAAUGGAGAUUAUGUUUCCUCCAGCUGUCCAAGUUUCUUCCCCAAAUAACUUCAUGUACCAAGAGUGAUGAUGUCUUGGCAUCAGCUUUCUGACUUUAUUAUGUAAGUUUGAUGCCUUUCAGUUACUUGUAUAUACAUUUUUUUAAAAAAAUUAUUCUUAAUUUGAACACACUAAUUUUUAUUUCUGUAUAUUGAUAAAAUAAGAGAAAUAUGAA